AUGGAUUUUUUAAAUUUCUCGAGUGAUGCCGAAAAUGCAUCAGAAACGCUUCCAACGAAUUCUACAACAAAAAGUCGGUACUCCUUGGCCACUAUCUACGGGCUGGCAGGAUUAGUAAGCUUUCUCAUACUGUUUACAAUUGUCGGAAACGUUUUGGUCGUAAUCGCCGUCCUAACAAGCCGGGCUCUCAAACCUCCCCAAAACCUUUUCCUGGUGUCUCUAGCCAGUGCUGACAUUCUGGUGGCGACAUUGAUCAUGCCUUUCUCUUUAGCCAACGAACUUAUGGGCUAUUGGUUUUUCGGGAAAGUUUGGUGCGACAUUUAUCUGGCGCUAGAUGUUCUUUUCUGCACCUCCUCAAUCGUCCACCUGUGCGCCAUCAGCCUGGACCGUUACUGGUCCGUCACCAAGGCUGUCGAGUAUAAUCUCAAACGGACACCUCAAAGGGUCAAGGGAAUGAUUGUGGUGGUCUGGCUGAUCUCUGCUGUGAUCUCCUUCCCACCCCUCAUCUCCAUGGACCGGGGAGACAGCAGUGGGGAUGCAGAGGAACCCAUUUGCCAGUUGAAUGAUGUGACAUGGUACAUACUGUACUCCAGCAUUGGCUCCUUUUUUGCCCCCUGUGUCAUCAUGAUCCUGGUCUACAUCCGCAUAUACCAAGUGGCCAAGAAGCGCAGCCGGAGCAUGUCAGGGAAGCGCCAGGGGGAGGUCGAUGGGGACAAAGGGCCAGGCGGCGAGGGCGCAGAGCUGGAGAACGGCGUAGGCCAGCGCAACCUGUGCCGGGGCAACAGCACAGACAAGGAGAACGGCCACUGUCCCUCCCCGCCACGCAAACCCGGCGAUGAGGACCUGGACCUGGACCUGGAGGACAGCAGCUCGUCAGAUGAGAAGACCAAGAAGCCCCAGCACCCCCGCUCCAAGCGCAACGCAGACGCGUCCUGCAGGAAGGAGGACCGGGCCAGCCGCAAGGACAGCUCCAGCUCAAAGCAGUCCAGCCGCAAGUCCAGGGCCAGCGGACGCUCUCUGGACCUCUUCUCCUCCCGCAGGAAGCGGAGGAGCACCGUCUCCAAGAAGAAGAUAUCCCAGGCCCGGGAGAAGAGGUUCACCUUCGUCCUGGCGGUGGUCAUGGGGGUCUUCGUGGUGUGCUGGUUCCCAUUCUUCUUCAGCUACAGUUUGUACGGGAUCUGCCGGGAGGUCUGUGCCAUCCCAGAGACCCUGUUCAAGUUCUUCUUCUGGAUUGGGUAUGUGAACAGCUCCCUGAACCCAGUCAUCUACACCAUCUUCAACCAGGACUUCCGCAGAGCCUUCCAGAAGAUUCUGUGCAAGACUUGGAAAAGGUCUUUCUGA